CCUCUUAGAUUGUCAGUGUCAGAUUUGACGUUUCAUUAUGAAUCAUUGGGAUUUAAAAGAUAAAUAAUUUUAAAUACAUUUAAUCAUAAUUGAAUGUUGAAAUGAUUCCAAUUCAUGGGAAUUAACUCUUCUGUAAAUAAUAGAAAACAUAAAACAAAUAUGAUGACGUGUCAAUUUCUCGUAUAACAUCUAGUAGAAUAUGCAAUAGUGCCUUUGAAAUUUUGUGAUAAAAUAUUACUGAUGAUGUUUUCCCGAAAAUCUAGACGAGAAAGUAAAGCAAAACUGGAGCAUAAACUCUACUUGGCUAAAGAAACACCAGAACCGAUAUUUGAUUUAUCCGAAUGUGAUAUCAAGGAUGUUCCUCAAGGUAUCUAUUCUCUUUGUCGUGUAUUCUUGAAGGAACGUUUAUUAUUGGAUUCCAAUAGCCUGUCUUCUCUUUCUGGCGGAGGGAAUUUAGCUGAGCUGAAAUUCCUGAAAAUACUCAAUAUAAGUCAUAAUAAUUUCGUUAACUUACCAGAUAGCAUAGGAUCUCUGAUAAGUCUACAAGAGUUUUAUGUGAGUUAUAAUUCAUUGAAAGUGUUACCAAAUUCAAUUUGUGAGUUGAAAAACUUGCAAAUUUUGGAUAUCUCCCACAAUAAGCUGAAACAAUUACCUGAAGAUAUAGGUAAUUUACAAUCCUUGAAGAAAUUAGACUUGCUUGGUAAUAAUUUAAAACGACUACCCACAAGUAUUUGUCAGGCUCAGAGAUUGGUCAAUCUGAGUAUAGAUCCAGAACAUUUUGAAUAUCCACCUGAAGAAGUUGUGAAAAGAGGUCGUGAAGCUAUACUACGAUAUAUCUGCGACGACAUUGGAGUUGAGUACAAGAAAGUAGAAGAUUUAUCAGAUGUUUUGUGUAAUUUGGAAAAAUCCGUUUCUGAUUUUGAAGAUGACGAUAAACUGUGGCAGGCGAAAAUGUGGGAGCUAGACACCAUUAAGCAAAACAAAGUACGCCAAUUCUUGGAGAUUGAAAAACUCAACGAACUUCUUCAAAGGCAAGAACUUGAAUUAGCUAGCGCACAGAAACUGAAUAGAGAAAAGCUGCUACUGGACAUAGCUAAAGAACAGGACGAGUUUGAUAGUAGAUUGUCUAAAAUACAACAAGUGAAGGAACAAGAAAAAUUCAGAUUAAUAGAACAACUACACGAAGCUGAGCAGAAUGCCUAUGCUGCGAUUGAGCAACUACUUGCUAUCAAUAGAGAACCACUGGCUACUCUCCUAGAUUAUGAAAAGCAGGAGGAAGAAAGACUUAUAGAUGCUGCUAACGCACAUAAUGAGAAUUUAAAAAAGCAUGAGAUUCUAGAAGCAAUGAGGAAUAUCCUCGAGCAGGAAGGAAGACAAUUCGAAAAUAUUUAUCAACAAAGGGUGGAAAUGUCUAAAAGUAUUUUACAAAGGGAAACUGAAUGGACUAAUAAGAUAUCAGAAUUAAUGAAUGUGCAUGAUUCGUCCAAGAGAGACAUAGCAACAAAAAUAAUGUCUGAUAUGGAAUUGCAAAAGGCAGCCCUAAGUACCUUACUGGAAAGAAACGAUUGUAGGAGUUGGGGUUUGCUACAACAGGUUUCUUUAGUUGAAUCUCAAUUAGCUGCCUUAACACAAAUCGAGUUAGAUAGGAGGAAACUGAAUUUGGAUGAACAAGUGAAAGAUUUUGCUGAGAAGAGGAUUGAACUGUCAAUUCUGUUGAUGGAUCUUUUAGAACAACAAGAUCUAAGGAGAAGUGAACUGUUAGCUACUUUAAAAACCCUGGAGGAUAAUUGGGAUAGAAAGUCUCAAGAUUAUUGGUUGAAACAAUAUCAAGCCUUGCUGAACAGGAUACCUGAAGGAUUAGUUGAAUGUCAGAAAAAUAUAGAUCCACUUCUUGCCGAAGCUCUGCUCAUGAAUGGAGUUAUUCACUGUCUACCUCAUUUGGCGAAAAUAAUGCAGAGUGAUUACAAACUGGAAUUCGUCGACGAAAAGGCAUUGAGUGAAGCUGGAAUAUCAAGUAGACAGGACAGGCUCAACAUUCUAGACGCUUUCACUUUUUAUAAUAAACAGAAGCAUCAAUAUGAGAAAAAGAAAAUGUCAGAAACACGAGAAGUUCCAGAAGUUACUGAACAAGGUCCGAGUGCACCACCAUUGGAUCAUCUGGACUUUGUUGGUGGAUCUAUAACAGAAUGCGUCGUUUGUAUGGAUAAAGAGUGCCAAGUGAUAUUUGUACCUUGUGGACAUAUCGUUUGUUGUUUGGCCUGUUCAGGAAACUUGAGUCAAUGUCCAUUUUGCAGAGUGAAUAUCGAACGAAAGAUUCGAAUUUUAUUAUAGGCACAACAAAAUUUUUAUAUUGCCACAAAAGUUGCUCUUUCUAUUUAUAUUGUUAGAUUUUAUAUAAUUUUACUCAAUCAUAUAAGAUAAUAUUAAAAUCUCUGUCAAUAAGUUCACCAAGUGAGUUGUGACGCAAAUUGCAAAUGAGUGCCAUUGUUACAAUAAAAGCUGCUUAACAUUUUUGAUCACAACAGUGUUUCAUCUAUGAUAUUUUUACCAAUCAAUGUAAUAUUUGUCAUCUUUUGAUAUGAGAAUUUGAAAGGAUAAUAGAAAUAAAUAAGCACAAUCAAUCUAA